CGUUGUGAUACCGAUAUUAAAUUUGGCCAUACGAAUGGCAUGACAUCUGUACUGGUGGAAACUGGAGUGCAUAAUUUGGCUGCAGUAAAAGAGUUUGAACAGUUUGGACGUGAAGAUCUAGUACCAACUUAUUACAUCCAAUCACUCAAAGCGCUCAUUGAUAUGUUGCAAAAAUAA